CUCCCCUUUACCUCCGCCGGCAGCUCUGUGGCCGACUCGGGUCCCGCGAGUGGCGGGGCGGGCGCGCGCGCCGGGGGUCGCGCGGCUGCUGAGAAGGGCGAGUGCGCGCGGGGAGGGAGUGGAGGCGUAGGGGGGCGGGGGUACAGCUUGCUCGCUUGCAAGAUGGCGGACGAGGACGGGGAAGGGAUUCACCCCUCAGCCCCUCAUAGGAACGGAGGUGGCGGCGGCGGCGGUGGGGGCUCCGGGCUCCACUGCGCGGGGAACGGCGGCGGGGGAGGCGGCGGCCCGCGGGUCGUGCGCAUCGUCAAGUCGGAGUCCGGCUACGGCUUCAACGUGCGGGGCCAAGUGAGCGAGGGCGGGCAACUGCGGAGCAUCAACGGGGAGCUGUACGCGCCGCUGCAGCAUGUGAGCGCCGUGCUGCCCGGGGGGGCGGCCGACCGGGCCGGGGUGCGCAAGGGGGACCGCAUCCUGGAGGUACAGAGCAGCUCACUGAAGAACGGCGUGAAUGUUGAGGGGGCGACACACAAGCAGGUGGUGGACCUGAUCCGAGCAGGCGAGAAGGAGUUGAUCUUGACAGUGUUAUCUGUGCCUCCACAUGAGGCAGAUAACCUAGAUCCCAGUGACGACUCGUUGGGACAAUCGUUUUAUGAUUACACAGAAAAGCAAGCAGUGCCCAUAUCGGUCCCCACAUACAAACAUGUGGAGCAGAAUGGUGAGAAGUUUGUGGUAUACAAUGUUUAUAUGGCAGGGAGACAGCUGUGUUCUAAGCGGUACCGGGAGUUUGCUAUCCUGCACCAGAACCUGAAGAGAGAGUUUGCCAACUUUACAUUUCCCCGACUUCCAGGGAAGUGGCCAUUCUCUUUAUCAGAACAGCAGUUAGAUGCCCGACGUCGGGGGUUGGAAGAAUAUCUAGAAAAAGUAUGCUCAAUACGUGUCAUUGGUGAGAGUGACAUCAUGCAGGAAUUCCUGUCAGAAUCAGAUGAGAACUACAAUGGUGUGUCCGACGUCGAGCUGAGAGUGGCAUUACCAGAUGGAACUACAGUUACAGUCAGGGUUAAAAAGAACAGUACUACAGACCAGGUGUAUCAGGCUAUUGCAGCAAAGGUUGGCAUGGACAGUACAACAGUGAAUUACUUUGCCUUAUUUGAAGUGAUCAAUCAUUCCUUUGUACGUAAGCUGGCACCUAAUGAAUUUCCUCAUAAACUCUACGUCCAGAAUUAUACGUCAGCUGUGCCAGGCACAUGCCUGACCAUUCGAAAGUGGCUUUUUACCACAGAAGAAGAAAUCCUCUUAAAUGACAAUGACCUUGCUGUUACCUACUUUUUUCAUCAGGCCGUUGAUGAUGUGAAAAAAGGUUACAUCAAAGCAGAGGAAAAGUCCUACCAGUUACAGAAGCUGUAUGAACAAAGGAAAAUGGUCAUGUAUCUCAACAUGCUAAGGACUUGUGAGGGCUACAAUGAAAUCAUCUUCCCCCACUGUGCCUGUGACUCCAGGAGGAAGGGGCACGUUAUCACAGCCAUCAGCAUCACGCACUUUAAGCUGCAUGCCUGCACUGAAGAAGGACAGCUGGAGAACCAGGUAAUAGCAUUUGAAUGGGACGAGAUGCAGCGAUGGGAUACAGACGAAGAAGGAAUGGCCUUCUGCUUUGAGUAUGCGCGAGGAGAAAAGAAGCCUCGAUGGGUUAAAAUCUUCACACCAUAUUUUAAUUAUAUGCACGAAUGCUUCGAGAGGGUGUUCUGUGAACUCAAGUGGAGAAAAGAGAACAUUUUCCGGAUGGCGAGGUCACAGCAGAGGGAUGUGGCCACCUAGCCUUUCCUCACCCCUCCUCUUCACCCUCAUCCUCUCACCCCUUCCGUCUCCUGUGUCAGACAGAGUAACCAUUAACACAAAAGAAGAGAAAAAGGAAAAAAGUCAUUAUGUUCAAAAGCCCUAAACUAAAUACUAUUAAUAAUCCCUCUGAGUUUCAUGUCUCUGGAAUUGAGCUGGUAGAGAACAACAGAUCGGUCCACACCGGGAGCAGCUGAGUUAAGGCAGGAAGUUAAGCCCAACCACGCGCCAGAGGUGUCUUUGUCCUCUGACCUGGGCCUCACACCAACAGACUCUCCUUGCACUAUAUUUUUAAAACUGGAACUAUGAACUCCAUCCAUUUGCACUGUUCAGACAUAUAUAUGUAUGUAUGUAAAAAUUAUAUAUACACAAAUUAGCUGCACGUAUAUACAUAUAUAUAUAUUUCUUUUUAAAUUUCAUAUCGGCAGUACCUUUUUUAGCUUGUGUUUUUACACACCUUUCACUAGAAUUCAUGACUUCUCUCUUGCUCUCUUUAUUUUGAAACAAACUUUAAAAAGGAAAAAAAAAAUACUGGGAAAAUACCUCUCCUCAUGAAGGACUUGAAAAGUUUACAACCUUCUUGGGUUUUUCCCCCGCUUUUUGUAGUGAGUGAGGAUUCUGGCUCAUGGUUGCCACAGAGUCUAAGGAGCAAGGAGUGUGGUUUCUUUAUGUCCCAGGAGGCUGCGGGGAGGGGACGGGGGGGGGGGGGGGUGUUUCGCAAGGGCAGAAGGCUUGUGCACCUGCAGGGGGAGUCUGAAGGCUUGCUGCGGUCCUGGAUCCCAGGACAGCGGUCUGGGCCCAGCCCUGUCCCACUCACGGCCACACUCCCUGUCUCCUCCUUGCUUCCUGAGGGCCCCUGGUGUGCUCUCUCUCCGCUGGCCUACAAUGGAGGGGAGAGGUGGGCUCAGGAGGCUGAUGCCACAGGAACUGGAAACGCUUCGUGGUCCUAAUUUCCCAUUUCUGAAGAGCAGACAGUACUAGGGACCAGAAUUAAAGCCAGUACCUUUAGGCACAAAGAUUGGACUGAGGUAGGGGAAAGGAAGGAAGGACUACCCUGUGCACCUAAGCUUUUCCCCACUCCGUUCCUGACCAGUAACCACCCGUAACCGGUACAUUCUCUGGGACUUCCAUAAACAGCUGUGUUGAGGACGGAGGGGUCUGACAGUAUCCUGAAGGCCUUGGGGAAACCUGGUCAUUGGUCUGUGCCAGCCAGACCAGUGGCCAUCCAAGCCAGCUGGGGACCCAGGAGGGACCAAUAGGCGUAUGGUUGAUGUGGGUUGGAGCUCAACUUUUAAUGAGGAGACUUGAAGGGAACCUUUCUGCCCCUCAAGGAGCUCCUCGCUCACCUGGGGAUUUUGAAACCUAAGAGCUGCGCCCCAGGGCCGGGGAGCCGGGCCCACCAGCUGGGCGAUGCUCUCAGUGCCGGACUCUAUAGAUGCUGCGUUGGCAGCUCAGGCCAGGCUCUGGUGCAACUGAGACACGUCUGUGAGCUAGCUGCCUUUUCUUGUUUCCUUCUCCACUUUCUAAACAAAACCUCCACAGGGUGGCGUCCUUUGCUUUGUCUAACCGGGAGGCAGCCUUGUUUGGUUUAGUCUGUGGUGGGGCAGCUGCAGUUUUCUGUUCUGCUAACUUGGUUUUGCAGAUCAUCGUGAGGCCACUUUCUGUUACCCUGGCAGCUGCUUGCCCCAGGACCGUGUGGGGUCAUACAGGACAUCUGUCUUCCUCCCUUCCUCCAAACCCAGGUGGAGCCGCACAUUGUAGAACGUUCAGAGUUGCAGAGAGCCAGCCCUGAUUUGAAAGUUUUGAUGCACAAUUAGCUUCUUUUGGCUUCCAUGAAUAUGUAAGGAGCCAGAGGGCUCUAGAAAGAGGACACACUGGUCCCUUGCUCCCAGAUGCUGACGAGGGGGUGGGGCUGGCUUUUCCCCACUGCACACCCAGCAGCAGUUUGCCCCUGCUCCAUCAGCAGGGGGGUGGGGAUGAGCAAAUCUGGGAGCCCAUGCAGCAUCCUAGUGCUGACCUCUGGGUGGGAGCUGGGAGGACGCCCUCGGGCUGGGUGGGUGCUACUUGGCUCCCUGGGGCAGAGCGCAAGCUCACCUGGUGUUUUGGGGAGUAGGCAAGGGCACCGCGUAGUAGUCGGGCCAUUGGCUGAGUCUGGGAACAGCCCUCUGUGGCUGUGCCACUGAAGAGCUGCCGCGAGGAAGGGACAGGAGGGAGCCCGGUGCCAGCACCUCGCCCCUCCCCCCCACAGCAGGCCUUGGGGAUGGCCGCAGAGCUCACUGGGCUCCAUAGAUCAAGUGUGUUAGUGUGACCUUCCUCUCUCCUGUUCUGUACUCCCUGGCCCUCACCCCUGCUGCCGCUCUUUAUCCCAGGAUCUGCCCAGGGAGCCUUCUGCCCAGGCUUCUUUUGCCAUUUUUCUCUGGAAAAUGGAGGGUGUCUUCCUCGCCCCGCCCCCGCCCCCCCAGCAGCUCCCACAGGAUCUGCCUGAUCUCCUGUUGUCCUGCCCUCCAUGCCCAGUUUCUACCCUCUUUGGUAAAAGCUCAGAGUUUUGUAUAGAUCAGGGGAAAAGGCAGUCCCAGGAAACCUGUCCCUACAGAAAGGUUCCCUUGGGCUAUGCUUUGGGCUCUCGACUCUUUAUAUUUUUAUUCUCAUCUCCAUUUUCCUGGCCUCCUCGUCCUCUGUCUAAGCUCAGCCCAGCUGUGUGCGCAGGGCAGCUCAGGCCUGGCCCGCCUAGUCCAUCCCGCCAUCACCCAGGCCCCAGCCUGGUAGCUUUGGUUAUCCCCUUAGCGCUCCAAACCUGGUGCCUGGAGCCGCAGCACCGGCAGCGGCAGGAGGGGACAUGUCUCUCUCCCCUCUCAGAAUUUGCCCCCUUAUGGCCUGGCUCUGAGGAGCCACUUUUCCUCAAGGAGACUGCAGCCUGGUUGGCCCAAAGUCUCCAGACCUGGAGGGACUGCUGUGCCCCCCUUCUCUCCAUUGUGCUUACUGUCCAGGUCAGUUCAGAGACCGUUCGGGCUGUUGGAGCCCAGCACACCGCCAGGUCCCCUUGUGAGGUUCGCUGUCCCAUCAGCUUCCCUUUGAACGGGGGCCGAGUGGUUGAUGCUCGGAGAGAGGGGCUGCAGCGGCAGGACUCCCAUGUCCCAGCGCCACUGCCCGCCUCCUCCUGUGACCAGAGCACCGCGCCAGCCCCUCUAAGGCUCUAAGGGAGCCGCUCGGUCCCCAGCAAUAAUCUCGAGUGUGGGGAGCUGGGGUUCCGGGGAGGGCGGUGCUGUGGGCUGCAGGCACUCGGGCAGCUGCUGGAUGGGACACCAGUUUUUUAUCACGCCCCCUUUUUAAGCCGGCAAGCUGGGCUUCAGUUUUCCCCCAGGCCAUGCACACUUUUAAUUUAUUUGAGGAACUCUAAUUGUAUUUUCACUGCAGUAUCUUGUAUUUUUUAUUUGUGAUUUGAGAAAUGUGAAGAGAAAAUACACAGACACAUAAUGGCUAACAGUGUUUUCUUCAGUCCUUGUUAUGCAGCUAACCACUCUAAAAUUGUUUGGUAAUGUCACUUAGUGUAAUUAAUUGUAACAUAUUCUUUUAAAUAAAUUGAUUUAUUGAUGAAACUA